AUGUCGGAUGACGAGCACGACUACAAUAGCGCAGGACCUCUCGAUGACGAGGAUCUCUCUCUUCCAAAGGCCACAAUCCAGAAGCUGAUCCAGGAGUACCUUCCAAAAGAUCUUAGCUGUGCAAAGGAAACGCGCGAUCUUCUGACAGAUUGCUGUGUGGAAUUUGUUCAUUUGGUUUCAAGCGAAGCAAACGAGGCAUGUGAAAAGGACUCAAAAAAGACGAUUGCACCAGAUCAUGUAGUCAAAGCUCUCAACGACCUGGGUUUUGGCAAAUAUACACAGGAAGUACAGGAUGUACUAAAUGACCAUCGACAGCAUCAGAAAGAACGUGAACGCAAGGCAUCUCGAUUUGAACUUAGCGGCUUGUCCGAAGAGGAGCUGCAGCGCCAGCAGGAAGAACUCUUUGCCGCUAGCAAGGCGCGUUUUGAGGCGGCGAACUAA